AUGGGCAUCGCCAGCCAAGCGCGAGCGGAGGCUCCCCGGUCCUUUGAGGGCCCCCGGGGGGGCUGUGAGCGCGGCCCCCGGUGCCGGUGCCGGUGCCGGCCGCCCCGCCGCGCCGCACGGAGCAUGCCUCUGAGCCCCGCCGGCAGCAAACAUGAGAGCCCGGAGUCGCCGCCACCAGAGCCGCCGCCGCCACCGGAGCGACAGCCCCGAGCCUCCGCCGGGGAGCCGGGCUCCGGCCUGCGGGAGGAGACGCGCCUGGACCCGAUCCGCGGCCCCGCCGGGCCCCGCUCCCCCAAGCUGGCGGCCCCGGCGCGCAUGGAGGAGCCCGCGCCCGGCGCCAUCGUCGUCCGCAUCGGCAUCCCCGACCUCCAGCAGACGAAGUGUCUGCGGUUGAAUCCGGACGUUCCCGUGUGGGCCUCCAAGCAGCGCAUUCUGUGCACCCUCAACCACAGCCUGAAGGAUGUGCUCAACUACGGGCUCUUCCAGCCAGCCUUCAAUGGCAGAGCAGGGAAGUUCCUGGACGAGGAGCGCCUGCUGCGGGAGUACCCCCUGAAUCCCGACACUCCCGUCCCCUACCUGGAGUUCCGGUACAAGCGGCGUGUGUACACCCAGGCUUUACUGGAUGACAAGCAGUUUGCCAAGCUCCAUACCAAGGCAAACCUGAAGAAGUUCAUGGAAUACGUGCAAAUGCUGAACGCGGAGAAAGUCUGCAGGCUGCUGGAGAAAGGACUGGAUCCCAACUUCCACGACCCGGAUACUGGAGAGUGUCCCCUGACGGCGGCGGCUCAGCUGGAGCUCAGCACUGAGAUGAUCAAAGCCCUGCGGAAUGGGGGAGCGCAUCUGGACUUCCGCACGCGGGAGGGAAUGACGGCGCUUCACAAAGCCGUGCGGAGCCGCAACCACGCGGCGCUGCUGACACUGCUGGAUCUGGGGGCCUCCCCAGACUACAAGGACAGCCGGGGGCUGACACCUCUGUACCACAGUGCCAUGGUGGGUGGGGAUCCCUACUGCUGUGAGCUGCUGCUGCACGACUACGCUCGGCUGGGCUGCGUGGAUGAGAACGGCUGGCAGGAGAUCCACCAGGCUUGUCGCUACGGCCACGUUCAGCACCUGGAGCAUCUUCUCUUCUACGGCGCCGACAUGACUGCGCAGAACGCCUCAGGAAACACGGCUCUUCACAUCUGUGCUCUCUACAACCAGGAGAGCUGUGCUCGGGUUCUCCUCUUCCGUGGUGCAAGCAAAGAGAUCCGCAACUACAACAGCCAGACAGCCUUCCAGGUGGCCAUAAUUGCAGGAAAUUUUGAGUUGGCUGAAAUCAUCAAAACCCACAAAGAGUCCGAUGUUGUGCCUUUCAGAGAAACUCCCAGCUACACGAAGCGGAGACGGAUCCUCGGCGCCGGCGGCCUCUCCUCCCCUCGAAUUCUGCAACGCUCUGCCAGCGACAACAACUUGAAGGCAGAGAGCCGGGCGUCUUACUCUCCGGUGCCCUCCCUGCGCAGCCUCCCCCCCCAGCUGCUGGCCCAGAUGCAGGAGGCUGCGGUGGGGGUCGGUGGUGGGGAUGGCAGCCUGGCCAGCUCCAGCAGCGCCCGCAGCGCCCACAGCCGCUCGCCGUCCCUGCAACGUGUGCAGGAGGAGAAGGAGGUCGACCUGCCCACGCUCCGGAGGAGCAGCCGCGGCAAGGCCAGCCCCGGCGGCCCGGCGGGUCCCCCCGGGCCCGGCCCCGGCCCCGAGCCCGCGCCGCACGCCGCGCCCGCCCCGCUGCGCGGCCCCAAACGGAAGCUGUACAGCGCCGUGCCCGGCCGUAAGUUCAUCGUGGUGAAGAGCUACGCGCCGCAGGGCGAGGGAGAGAUCCAGCUGAACCGGGGAGAAGCCGUCAAGGUGCUAAGCAUUGGCGAAGGUGGCUUUUGGGAAGGAACUGUGAAAGGAAGGACCGGCUGGUUCCCAGCAGAAUGUGUCGAGGAGGUGCAGAUGCGACAGUACGACCCGCGGCAAGAAACCAGAGAAGACAGAACAAAGCGUCUCUUCCGACAUUACACUGUGGGCUCUUACGACAAUUUCACCUCUCACAGCGACUACAUCAUCGAGGAGAAAACGGCCGUGCUGCAGAAGAGGGAGCAUGAGGGAUUCGGGUUUGUGUUGCGCGGGGCCAAAGCUGAAACCCCCAUCGAGGAGUUCACCCCGACGCCAGCCUUCCCCGCGCUGCAGUACCUGGAAUCCGUGGACGUGGAGGGCGUUGCGUGGAGAGCGGGGCUGCGAACGGGAGACUUCCUGAUUGAGGUGAACGGAGUCAACGUGGUGAAGGUGGGGCACAAGCAGGUGGUGUCGCUGAUCCGCCAGGGGGGGAACCACCUGGUGAUGAAGGUCGUCUCCGUCAGCCGCAAGCCUGAGUCAGAAGAGGUCGUUCGGAAGAAGGCUCCGCCGCCUCCCAAGAGGGCGCCCAGCACCACGCUGACGCUGCGGUCCAAAUCCAUGACGGCUGAGCUGGAGGAGCUGGAGAAACUGGACGAGAUCCUGGCGGCCGCCGAACCGGCGCUGAGGGCGGACAUCGUGGAGGCGGAUUCACGGGCGGCCACGGUGAAACAGCGCCCGACGAGUCGCCGCAUCACCCCGGCGGAGAUCAGUUCCCUCUUUGAGCGGCAGGGCAUGGCGGCCCACGCGGGGGUCCUGGCAGGAGCUGAGAAACCCCACGUGUCACUGCGCAAAGGGAUCCCGAGGACCAAAUCUGUAGGUAAGGCAUGCGGGGGUCCCGAGGGGUCCCACACCCACAGGGAGUUCAGCCCUCAUCAUUAA